CAAAACCGUAGGCUGCUGCCGGCCAUUACAUCAUCUGCCCCAAAUUACGCCGAGCUUUUUCUGCCAGGAGGAUCCAAGAGUUGCAGAAUCCAUCUUCAACCAAGCUUCUUUCGUCAUUGUUAGGGUCGUCGCUGCUUUCCUUCUUUUCGAUCUGAGGCUUCGAGGGAAUAUUUUGGCCUUGGCCCAUGGCUUCCAAGAGAAUCUCUAAGGAAUUGAAGGAUCUGCAGAAGGAUCCUCCUACAUCAUGCAGCGCAGGCCCGGUUGCUGAAGAUAUGUUUCAUUGGCAAGCUACAAUUAUGGGUCCUCCAGAUAGUCCUUAUGCAGGGGGAGUUUUUCUAGUUAACAUUCAUUUUCCCCCAGACUAUCCAUUCAAACCACCGAAGGUAGCCUUCAGGACAAAAGUAUUCCAUCCAAAUAUCAAUAGCAAUGGCAGUAUUUGCCUUGACAUUCUGAAGGAGCAGUGGAGUCCUGCAUUGACAAUAUCCAAGGUCCUGCUUUCAAUAUGUUCGUUAUUGACGGAUCCAAACCCAGAUGAUCCAUUGGUUCCAGAGAUCGCGCACAUGUACAAGACGGAUAGGAACAAGUAUGAGACCACUGCAAGGAGCUGGACUCAGAAGUAUGCCAUGGGUUAGCUAAAUUGAUUUGCAGCCUGUCUCUUAUUCAAAUCUCAGGUACCCUGUUUUCUCUAUUAUGUGUUAAGAUUUUGAAGUGAUUGUGCCUAAGGCUCUCUAUUUUACCAAAUCCAGAGAUGGCCACUCCUCCCCUCUGGAGGAAAACAAAUUAUCAAAAAAAUUUCCUUUUUAAUAGCUUGUUUGGAAGUUUGUUUUUUUGAUC